GAUCGUCUUCCUCGAGUGAGCGAAGGCGAGAGAGAGGGAGGGAGGGAAAGAGGAGCAGGAGAGACGGCAAUAUCUCCGUUACCGUGAUAUCGAGGAAGAAGGAGAAGGAGAAGAGGAUGGACGCUUUUGGAGGAUUUUCGGUUGAUCACGCCGGGGUUCGCGUCGAGAAUGCCUUCCUGGAGUUCCUCAAAAACUUCAAAUUGGAUACUGGAGAACUUUUCUAUGAAACUGAGCUUGAAAACAUGAAAGCCAAAGAAUCCACAACGAUGUUCAUUGAUUUUUCACAUGUCAUGAGGUUCAAUGACAUUCUCCAACGGACGAUAUCUGACGAAUACCUGAGGUUUGAGCCUUACCUAAGGAACGCUUGCAAAAGGUUUGUAAUGGAACAGAGGCCAACAUUUAUCACCGAAGAUGAUCCCAACAAGGACAUCAACGUUGCAUUCUACAACAUUCCUCUUCUGAAAAGGCUGAGAGACCUGAAAACUGCAGAGAUUGGAAAACUGGUAUCUGUAACUGGUGUUGUUACCCGAACAAGUGAAGUCCGGCCAGAACUUCUGCAAGGCACCUUCAAAUGCUUGGAAUGUGGUGGAGUAAUCAAGAAUGUGGAGCAACAAUUUAAAUACACAGAGCCAAUCAUAUGUGUCAAUGCAGCUUGCACAAACAGAAACAAAUGGGCACUUCUACGGCAAGAAAGCAAAUUCGCUGACUGGCAAAGGGUUCGGAUGCAAGAGACCUCUAAAGAGAUACCUGCUGGUUCUCUUCCUCGCUCCUUGGAUGUCAUCCUUCGGCACGAGAUAGUUGAGCAAGCAAGGGCCGGCGACACGGUCAUCUUUACGGGCACAUUAGUGGUGAUACCAGAUAUUUCUGCACUAGCUUCUCCUGGUGAGAGAACGGAAUGCCAAAGGCAAAAGCCCCAGCGACAGCCUUUAUCUGGAGGACAUGAAGGUGUUGGUGGGUUACGGGCACUGGGAGUGAGAGAUUUAUCAUAUCGACUUGCUUUCAUUGCAAACUCGGUCCAGGUCUCCACUGGAAGAAGGGAUGGGGACUUCAGAAGUAGGAAGAAGGACAUCGAUGAAGAUUAUGUGGAACAUUUCUCGGCAGAGGAGAUGGAUGAAAUACAGAGAAUGAGGAACACUCCUGACUUUUUUAACAAGCUUGUGGAUAGUGUUGCCCCAACAGUAUUUGGCCAUCAAGAUAUUAAACGAGCGAUAUUACUCAUGCUGAUAGGAGGAGUUCACAAAUUUACCCAUGAAGGCAUCAACCUAAGAGGAGAUAUAAAUGUCUGCAUUGUUGGGGAUCCUAGUUGUGCAAAGUCCCAGUUCCUGAAGUAUGCAGCAGGUUUAGUUCCGCGUUCUGUAUAUACCUCUGGAAAAUCUUCCUCUGCUGCAGGAUUGACUGCGACUGUAGCCAAGGAACCUGAAACAGGAGAGUUCUGCAUUGAGGCUGGUGCACUGAUGCUUGCUGAUAAUGGCAUAUGUUGUAUUGAUGAAUUUGAUAAAAUGGACAUCAGGGACCAGGUUGCCAUUCAUGAAGCCAUGGAACAACAGACUAUAAGCAUUACAAAAGCAGGCAUCCAGGCCACACUCAAUGCUAGAACAUCAAUCUUAGCAGCUGCUAAUCCAAAUGGUGGGCGCUAUGAUAAAUCGAAGCCACUGAAGUAUAAUGUGGCCCUUCCUCCUGCCAUCCUUUCUCGGUUUGAUCUUGUCUAUGUAAUGGUUGAUGAGCCGGACGAACAGGUUGAUCAGUAUAUUGCUGCUCACAUUGUUAGAGUUCAUCAGAAGCAAGAAAAUGCUCUUUCUCCAGCUUUUACAGAAGCACAGGUCCAGCGGUAUAUCGGAUAUGCAAAGACACUAAAACCCAAGGUAAGUGCUGAAGCUAGAAAAGUUCUGGUGGACUCAUAUGUAGCUCUUCGUAGGGGAGAUGCCGCUCCAGGAAGCAGAGUUGCUUAUCGCAUGACCGUGAGGCAGUUAGAAGCAUUAAUCAGAUUGUCCGAAGCUAUUGCACGGAGUCAUUUGGAGCUUCAGGUGAAACCAAGCCAUGUUCGGUUGGCAGUGAGACUUCUGAAAACAUCCAUAAUCAGUGUUGACUCAAACGAGAUUGAUUUGUCUGAUUUCCAAAAUGAUCAACAAGACGAGGCAACUAAAGCUUCCGAUGAUGGAACUGCUCAGCCAAGCAAUGCUGAUCACGCGAGUGACGGAUCUGAAAACCAGCAAAAGAGGAAACUGCUGAUAAGCCAGCAGAGAUUUCAGAAAAUUACACAUGCAUUGGUUAUGCAUCUCCGUGAGCAUGAAGAGCUUGCUGAAGAUGGUAAUCAAUUGGCUGGGAUGAGACAAGGAGAGUUGAUUCAAUGGUAUAUAGAGCAGCAGAAUGCUGCAGGGUCCUUCAAUAAUCUUGACGAAGUGGUUGAGGAAUAUAAAUGUCUUAGAGCAAUCAUAGAGAGGUUAAUAAAAAACGAAGGUCAUUUGAUCGUCAUCGACGAUGGUAGUUCAACUGCAGAGACGGCAUUGGCUGAAGAAAGUGAAGAAACAAGGUCAUCGGUCACUGAUAAAAGGAUUCUGGCAGUGAAUCCCAACUUUGUCAUUGAAUGAGCUCAAGUCAAGAAACGACGUUUCCUCACCACUUGUUUAACUAGAUGGCGACAGAGAGUAGUUUCAUUAUUGUGUGUACCAUGUAACAUAAGUAUUCCUAACGGAUCUGAUUUUUUUCCCCUUGUAGUUCAACAUGCCAAACGCAAUCUGUUACAGAGUUCAACCAGGCUCUGCAACCAAGAGUUUUCUUCCAUAUAUAUUUCAACUUCUUCAGAAAAGAGCGGAGAACUAUUCUGGCGAUCGAAUAUAAAUGUAUUAUUUUUAUCGUUUGAUAUAA